UGGUCAGGAUGCAAGGAUUGGGAGACCACACGGCGAAUCAGCUGAUGGUAGCUGAGCCUGGGGGCCUCAGGUCGGUGAGUGGCGGCGGCGGACACGGUGCUUUGCUCCUCCCUUCACCCUCUCUGCUCCAACACCAUGACUCUCACAAGCUAUACCAAGGCCACCACGCCUUUUGAGGGCCAGAAACCUGGGACGAGCGGCCUCAGAAAAGCUGUCAUAGUGUUUGAGAAGGAGCAUUACACAGAAAACUUCGUGCAAUGUAUCCUGAGUGCCAUGAGUGGAAACCUGACGGGCAGCACGCUGGUGGUGGGCGGAGAUGGCCGCUACUUUGGCAAGAAGGCUGUCGACAUCAUCAUCAAGAUGUGUGCAGCCAAUGGGGUGCGAAAGCUGUUGGUGGGUCAAAAUGGCAUCCUCUCCACCCCAUGUGUCUCUUGCAUCAUUCGCAAGCACCAGACAGCAGGCGGCAUUGUGCUCACUGCCAGCCACAACCCAGGAGGACCUGAUGCUGACUUUGGCAUCAAGUUUAAUAUUGCCAAUGGAGGUCCAGCCCCAGAUGGCGUCACCAACAAGAUAUAUGAGAUCAGCAAGAACAUUGUGGAGUACAAGAUUUGCCCUGAGCUACACUGUGACAUUAGUAAAAUAGGAACACAGGAAUUUAUAGUUGACCACCGACCAUUCACUGUGGAAGUUGUGGACUCUGUCGCAGAUUACGUUGCAUACAUGAAGGAGAUCUUUGACUUCUCUGCUAUCAAAAACCUCCUCCAUGGAGCUAAUGGCCCACCCUUGAAGAUUCUCAUCAAUGCUAUGCAUGGAGUGACAGGUCCCUAUGUGCGCCGCAUCUUCCUGGAGGAGCUUGGUGCCAGUCCGGACUCUGCUGUAAACAUUGUUCCUCUGGAGGACUUUGGAGGUCAUCAUCCUGAUCCCAACUUGACCUAUGCUGCUGAUCUAGUCAUGGCAAUGAAGGAAGGAGAUUUUGGUUUUGGUGCCGCCUUUGAUGGGGAUGGGGACCGAAACAUGAUUCUGGGCCACAAGGCAUUCUUUGUCACCCCCUCAGACUCAGUGGCUGUCAUUGCUGACAACACAGACUACAUCCCGUACUUUAAGAAGCACGGAGUGAAGGGUCUUGCCCGCAGUAUGCCCACUGGGUGUGCCAUUGACAGAGUAGCACAAAAGAAAGGAGUUGAAGUUUUUGAGGUCCCGACAGGCUGGAAAUACUUUGGCAACUUAAUGGAUGCUGGACGCUUGUCAAUUUGUGGUGAAGAGAGCUUUGGAACAGGAAGCAACCACAUCCGGGAGAAGGACGGGAUCUGGGCAGUUCUGGCCUGGCUGUCCAUUUUGGCUGGCCGCAACAUGUCUGUGGAGCAAGUCCUGCUGAACCACUGGGGCACCUAUGGCAGGAAUUUCUUCACCAGGUAUGAUUAUGAGAACUGUGAAAGUGCUCCCUGCAACAAGAUGAUGGCUGCCUUGGAUGCCAUGAGUGAUGAUGCAUCACUGGUGGGGAAGGAACUCUCACAAAGUGGCAAGACUUACACGAUAGCCAAGAUUGACAACUUUGCAUAUACGGACCCCAUUGAUGGUUCAGUUGCCAAGAAACAAGGUGUGCGUGUGCUCAUGUCUGAUGGCUCACGCAUUGUGUUCCGGCUGAGUGGGACUGGCAGCUCUGGGGCAACUGUGCGCAUGUAUGUUGAGAGCUAUGAAUCUGACCCCUCCACUUUCACCAAGGAUGCUCAGGAUGUUCUGAAGCCUCUGGUGGAGAUUGCUCUAAGCUUGGCCAAACUGAAGGAGUACACAGGCCGUGACAAGCCCACUGUUAUCACCUAGACUGGCACACACGUCUGGGUACACUGGGAAGGUGGGCACCACCCAGCUCAUGUACAUGCACACAGGAAGCUUUAAACUCAAUACUUCUCCCUCCUCAUUUAUAAAGAUUAAUUUCCUUUGAUAAUAAUUAAAGCCAUGAAAGUAAUGUUUACAGUUAAUUUUGACAUUUUGUACUGUUAUUUUGUGUUUGUGUGCAAUAGUGUGUUUACAUGUUCCUAAGUAAAGUUUCUAAUUUUUAUGUUCUGGCAUAAUAAUUUCAGUUUCAUUUUGGCAAUCUUCUUGAAUAAUCUUACAAUUUGCAACUCAGUUCAUCAAAUUAUCCAAGCAGUAGAAGUAAAGGAUAGCUGAAGUCUCAUUUGUUAAGUAUUUUUAAGUUCUGUAAAUGCAUUCUUGUUUCUGCAAAAUUUCUUACUGAAGAAAAAAGAAAAGUUUGUUCCAAGCAGCCUUUCAGUAAUUCAACAAACCUGAAGCAUCUGUCACUUGAUCACACCUUGGGGAAGCACAGGCAGUCAGAGGAUUUUCUGUAAUGAUUACUCACUUGUAAAGACUAAAGUUCAAGAUACAGACUGAUUCACUAUUGGAGUAAGAGGUAAGCUGUGGCCAUGUUAAAUUUACUCUUGCUUUACAUGAUUCCCUGUAAUUGUUCAGAGAGAGAGCUUUUGACUUAACAAUUUAUUAAAUAUUCAACAGUAACAAAAUGUAAACAUUAACAAACAUUAAAAUAUAUCUGAGAACCAUUUUACAGAAUAAACAUUCUUGUAUCUUUAAA